AUAUCAUAUAUUCACCUUUUGAAUUAUGUUUUUCUUUCAUUCGCUUCUGCUUUUUUAAAGGCUUAACCUCGAAUUUUGAUGUAUUAUCGGUGCUCAUCAUUAUUUUACGGACAUACAAAUGCAAUAUCAAAUUUCCACUUGAAAUAAUGUUCUUAUUGUUGUUAAUAUAUGUUAAUAAAAACAUAAAAAAUACAUUUAAAAUAUUUAAUUUUACUAUUUAAAUACUAUAGUUGGCAUGUGUACACCAGUGUGCACGCUGCUCUAACCACUUCAAAACAGAUUCAAUAAUGUUGAAAGAACUGUUGAGCACAAUAUAAAACAUACAUAUAUGUAUUUAUAUACAUGCAUCUUCGUGCCAAGUUUGACACACAGAACUUCAGCGGUACAAGUGAAAUUUGUUUCGUAUAUCAUUUAUUAAUAACAAAGAUGGGAUACAAUAAAUUCAUUGCAUCUUUAAUACGAAGUGAAAGUACAAAAGCAUUGUUAAAAAGAAGAUAUAAUGUUUCUGGAAUAUUUUACACCUCAAAAUGUAGAGCCAGUACAUCAGGUAGAAAUGAUAAAAAUAAUGAAUUGGAUGAGCUUGAUAAGCCCCUUAAGUUUUCCACAUCUGAAGCAGCAAGAUGGCCUGCUGCAAUGGUCAACUACCGACCAUUCAGAUGCACCACGGUAUCAACCAACAGUUUAGCAAUAAGUUUGUUCAUUUUUUACAUCUAUUUCACUCAACUUAGAGAGGAAAAUGAUAUUGACCUGAAAAUGGUGGAAAACAUACCUAUAGAAGUUCAGGAACAAAUAUAUGGAAAGAAAGAGAAAAAUAAAUAAACAGAGAUGUAAUGUA